AUGGACCACAAAAGUCUUCGCACGACUGGCAGUCCUCAUCGUUCUCAGCUUGCAGAUUCCUCUUGGCCCGUUUCACAUCUAGCCAUUCUCCUCGUCGCUACACCACCUUGCGAUCACAAGGCAUGCUCACAGACUAAGCGAAUCUACGUGGCCUUCAAGGUCUUGCUUGCACUUAAGCAACUUCAUCUUCCAAACCAUGCGGAGCUUGUGCAGCCUCAGGGUCUCAUUGCGCUAUAUGAAUGUGGACAUGGGAUGCUUGAGCAUGCGCAUGUGACUCUUAACUCAGCCUUCACAAUGGCGGCAAGGCUGGACGUUGACCUAUCGAGCAUAUUGACAUCGUUGGAGUGGAGAUUGUCUCUCAUGCUCAUAUAUAGCUUGGUUGCCUUGCAAACGCUGCACAGGAAGCACAAUUGGAUACCUCUCGCUUGCCCUCCGGAUCACGAUAUGGUGAGGGCUAUUAAGCAUAACUUUGCAGUCUUGAGAACUCCAAACGGGGUCCCGAGACCUGAAAUUGCCUCUCAGCGCGUUCUGGACCUUGGUAAAAUUGUGUCCCAAUGUGGCCGCAUCCUGCAGCACGUUCACGACUCGAAACGUAACCCUCGAACUGCAAACCCACAUUGUGAAUUAAUUGUCGAGGUUGAAAGCUCUAUUCCUCCUUUCGGCGAGGAUGCCAAACACGUGGAUCUACGUCAGUCUUCACGACUGCCCACGAGCCCAAUCCAAAGGAUCGAGCUGGUGAUACCCGAGGCUGAGAAAUUAAGCCAGCAGAUACAACUUAAUAUGAAGCGAGUUUUCAUACGCCAGUGUUGUGCAAGGGCUAGUGUCGAUGCACAAUUUAGCUUUGCCAAGAAUCCCAGUGAAGAUGAGCACCAGAAACAUUUCUCACUAUUAAGAUUGGUAUGUAUGCUGCAUAAUGUAUUGGUUACACUCAAAAUAGCCUGUCCUGGUCGUUAUGAUGAAAGUAUUGCCUCUGUGAUACCAGAAAUGAGAAGGAUAAGCAAGAGAUGGCCUGCUGCGGGUGAGUACUUUACGUUGCCUACUCAGGACUGGGAAGUAACUAUUCUUAGAAGAAUAUGUCAAUCAGAUUUGUAA